GCCGGUCGCUUUCUCACUGGCCAUGAGGUCCGAUAAUUAUUCUUCGCGUGGCCUGCUUUCUUUCUUCUCCUCUUACCGUUGUGUCUCAUGAUACAUGGUACUCCUUUUCUGCCCAGGAGUCUACCUUUUAUAUGUAUCUUCUUGUCUUUAUUUGGUUUCCUUAACCUGUGCUGCAUUUCACUUACCAGGGUUUAUCAACUACACUGGACAUCUUCCCGACACGAUGGAGACGAUGGCUUCGAAUGACCGGGUCAACCAGCGCCGCCAAGGGCUGUCAUGGUCUCUUAGCUUUCGGUCUUCCGCAAGGAAAAGACCCGGCAAGAUUGUGAGACCCCCUACCCCUCCACCGACCUGCGAGGAAAGAGUCCAUUAUCCGGUCUUCAACCCGCACGAUCCUCGACAUAACCCUACGGCUAUCCCUCCUUCUUGGAUCCGCGGCAGCUACAGUCUGUCCGAAGAUUCGUCUAGCACACAGAAUACAGGUCGUUGGCAUAGCCUAUCUGAGAGGUCCCUUCGAAAGGCACGGUCUGGACUUGACGCGAUCAGGUCGGGAAUGCACAGGCGUCCAUCCGUUGAUCAGCUAGGGCCUCGUCGAAAUAUUCCAGGAUUAUGGAUGUCAACCGACUCGCGUGCAAGCUCUAUCGAUCGUCCAGAUAGUUCUUUCCCUUCGACUAUAUCGGAAGCCAGCACUGAUGACGAAUUCGAAUUCGGAACCGAUCUUUAUCGGACGCGGCCCAACGGCUCUUCCGCGUGGAACCUUGAGAUUGUCAACAAGUACCUGAGCGAGGUUGGAUCAUCUCACGCGCUCCCGCCUGAUGUCUACACUGAUGUGGACAUUGGUCCCGCUGGUUCGCGACUAGAAGGAGAGACCCUGAACAAUCCCAGCGAGGCGGACUCCGAGGUGACGAGACUACCAUCCAAGACGCAGACAAUUAAAUGGGAUGAUCGCAUCCAACCCGGCCGGAGGCCCUCUACCUCAACUUCAAGUUCCGUCAUCUCGAGCAGGGCAUCGACUAGCUCCGAUGAGUCAACCCUUUCUCAGCUCAUCGAUGCUACCCAGGCUUUCGAGGCAUUGUGUUCAUUUGACGAGCCCGCAAAGGACGUACCUAACAGUUCGGACGUUGGACGCGAUGCCGAUGGUUCCUUGUCUGCCACGUCUCGAAGUAGCACCGAAUCCCUUUCAGAAGGCGCUGCAAGUCAGAGCAACGGGUCUGCUAGGGCUAACUCAGAGGGAGCUGACAACCAGUCAUGCAGCGAUAACGGAGAAACUCCCGCAGAGAAACCGUCGCGAGAAACCAGUCGUGCCAGUUCCAUGAACGCGUCCGGUGGCAGUAACUCCUCUACUGGCCAGGGCAACCAAUCUAGAUAUUCGACUUGUCAAAGCGAUAGCACAGCACCCACAUCGCGUGCUCAAUCUAGUUGUUGGAUUCAUAGCGAAGGGAAUGCUAGCACGCCACCUACGUCGUACACUCAAUCUAGGCGUUCAACUAGUCAAAGCGAAGGGAAUGCUAGCGCGGCGCAUGCUUCAUGGUCAAACGUGUCAUCCCCAAUCGAGCACGACAACGUACUUUUUCUGCCGUCCACGGGUCCCGGAGAUGAACACUUCGACGUCGAUGGAAAAUCAAAUGACUUUAGCCCGGAUCAAGGCGCUGCCAUCAAAUCGGAGCUAGCGAUCAUUCACGAAGGAAACAUCGAUAGCACUACCGGCCUUGGAAUCCACCAGAGUGCCUCAGCUAGCGUGCACACUGAUUCCCAGAUGGACAGCCCAUUGUACACUCACGAAUUGGACCGUCAACCGAGUGUCCGAUCCAGGAAAUCUAGAAAAUCGAUUGAGUCGAAUGACGAUUGUUUUCUUACGUACGCCAUGUUUCAGAAACAGUAUUAUGUUUUGCUUCUUUCUAACGACGCUAUGCGGUUAUGCCACUGUCUUACGGUGUAUUGUUAUUUGGGAUCGUAUAUCUACCCACGUUCAUGUUUUCGUGUCCUGUCAUUGGAAUUGGUCUUAUCAGGCGAACUUUGGAGAUGAUGUUAUGUUUUCUAGAUCGUUCGUUUGUUGUUAAUACACCCCCUCUUUAAUUAUUUUGACGACUAUCCUGGUUGUAGUUUAAAUGGCAUAUAUGACACUUAAAGCCAAAAAGUAAGUCUAAAACGCCGUCCUAUACAAAGAUAAAUCAACCGAAACGAAGAGUAAACCCGGCAC